AUGCCACCAACACUGGAGUCACCGAACAAGCAGGCUGUCAGUCAGGCUAGGUCAACUAGAACUACACCACAAACACUGGAGUCACCGAACAAGCAGGCUGUCAGUCAGGUGAGGUCAACUAGAACUACACCACAAACACUGGAGUCACCGAACAAGCAGGCUGUCAGUCAGGUGAGGUCAACUAGAACUACACCACAAACACUGGAGUCACCGAACAAGCAGGCCGUCAGUCAGGCUAGGUCAACUAGAACUACACCACAAACACUGGAGUCACCGAACAAGCAGGCCGUCAGUCAGGCUAGGUCAACUAGAACUACACCACAAACACUGGAGUCACCGAACAAGCAGGCUGUCAGUCAGGUGAGGUCAACUAGAACUACACCACCAACACUGGAGUCACCGAACAAGCAGGCUGUCAGUCAGGUGAGGUCAACUAGAACUACACCACAAACACUGGAGUCACCGAACAAGCAGGCCGUCAGUCAGGCUAGGUCAACUAGAACUACACCACAAACACUGGAGUCACCGAACAAGCAGGCCGUCAGUCAGGCUAGGUCAACUAGAACUACACCACAAACACUGGAGUCACCGAACAAGCAGGCUGUCAGUCAGGUGAGGUCAACUAGAACUACACCACCAACACUGGAGUCACCGAACAAGCAGGCCGUCAGUCAGGUGAGGUCAACUAGAACUACACCACAAACACUGGAGUCACCGAACAAGCAGGCUUUUAGUCAGGUGAGGUCAACUAGAACUACACCACCAACACUGGAGUCACCGAACAAGCAGGCUGUCAGUCAGGUGAGGUCAACUAGAACUACACCACAAACACUGGAGUCACCGAACAAGCAGGCUGUCAGUCAGGUGAGGUCAACUAGAACUACACCACAAACACUGGAGUCACCGAACAAGCAGGCUGUCAGUCAGGUGAGGUCAACUAGAACUACACCACCAACACUGGAGUCACCGAACAAGCAGGCUGUCAGUCAGGUGAGGUCAACUAGAACUACACCACAAACACUGGAGUCACCGAACAAGCAGGCUGUCAGUCAGGUGAGGUCAACUAGAAUUACACCACAAACACUGGAGUCACCGAACAAGCAGGCUAUCAGUCAGGUGAGGUCAACUAGAACUACACCACCAACACUGGAGUCACCGGACAAGCAGGCUGUCAGUCAGCAGAUUCUGCUGGAUCCCGGUGACAUGGUGUUAACCAGGAGGGCCAUGGUGCUGCAAUUGUCACCUGCAUGUGGACAGCAGAUUCUGCUGGAUCCCGGUGACAUGGUGUUAACCAGGAGGGCCAUGGUGCUGCAUGUCACCUGCAUGCAGACAGCAGAUUCUGCUGGAUCCCGGUGA